AUGACAGUCUCGGCGCAAGCAGUCGAUCCGGAGUUUCCCUGCUCGCUGUGCGUACGACAACCCCGUGUCAUUGUCUCGAUGCUGAUCACUACACAGUACGAUUCACAUUCCCUUCCCGACCAGUCGUCUCGCUACUGCCGCUAUACGGACGCUAUCUGUCGACCAGGAGCUUUCUCCACUGGUGCAACGAGCAUUCUCUCUAGUAGCUGCGCUCCCCGACAGCACGACCGCUGUGCAGAGCAAUACCUUCAAGGCGUCCCUUAUCGUCAACGCUGCGCCCAACGAACCGAUACACGCACCUUCCACGACAAAUUCUGCCAAUAGUACCGGGAUAGAUACCAGCUCUGACGCGACUCAGACGAUCUUGAAGACAGACUACAAGGCAACGACCAACCGCAUGCUCCGGGUAGCUGUCAAUGGCUUCUUCGAAUCCCUCGGCACCGUCAUUCAGGUCAUGGAAGAGCUAGAUACCGAUGUGCUUCAUGAGAAGGGCUUCGAGAGCUUAGAAGGAGCUCAAGGUAUUGAAGAGGGCAUGACAGGCAGCACAGGUUGA